UUCAGUAUGUUUCAGUCCACCUGCUCCUUUUUUAUUCUUAGUUUUGGGUCAAAACCUCUCCAACUAAGUGUUAAUACUGUGUUUAUCAUUGUUUUUUUAUUAAGUGGCUUCUGGGAAAGUACUAUGUUCUCUGAUUUGUGAGAUAUUCGCGUCUGCUGUAGAUGUCAUCUGAUUUCUCCCAUAGGUGAUAUGUGGCGAAAGGGGAACUGUUGGCUGUUCCAUAGGCUCUUAAGAUGCAGCACUAGGUCCAAGGUAACUGUACCAGGAGAUGGAGAUGUCACACAGACACAAUACCAUCUUUUUACAACUCCAAUAUUUUAUGUGAAUGCUGCUCCUCACCUUGGACAUGUAUACUCUGCUGUGCAGGCUGAUGUGCAGCAUCGAUACGCUGCGCUGAGUGGGAAGAAGACUCACUUUAGUACAGGUACAGAUGAACAUGGCAUGAAGAUACAACAGGCUGCAAUGGCUCUUGGCACAGAUCCACAAUCUCUAUGUUCUUCAGUCUCUGUCCAGUUCCGUAAAGUGUUUGAUGCUCUGGGAAUCUCUUACACAGAUUUUGUACGCACAUCAGAGCCCCGUCAUGUCCAGGCUGUGGCUAGAUUUUGGGAGACUCUGAAGGAGCGAGGUUACUUAUACAAGGGGACUUACCAAGGAUGGUAUUGCACUUCUGAUGAGGCCUUCCUGACUGAGGGACAGACUGCAGAGAGCAGAGAUGCUGAAGGCAACAACAUCCGAGUAUCUCUUGAAAGUGGUCACCAGGUUCAGUGGAUGAGUGAAGAAAAUUAUAUGUUCCGACUUUCUUCUCUUCGUCCUGAACUCCUGCGCUGGUUGGAAACAGACCCUGUGCGUCCUGCUCCUUUCCUUCGAGUGGUGAGGCACUGGCUUGAAGAGGAACUUCCAGACUUGUCUGUGUCUCGGCAACGUAAUCGUCUGUCAUGGGGUAUCCCUGUGCCCUCUGACCCCUCCCACACUAUCUACGUCUGGCUAGAUGCUCUUGUCAAUUAUCUCACCUGUGCUGGAUACCCUAAUCCCAGUUUAGCCCCUUGGGGUCCCUCCACUCACCUCUUGGGCAAAGACAUUUUACGAUUUCAUGCCAUAUACUGGCCAGCAUUUUUGUUGGCUGCAGGUAUGCCUCCUCCCAAAGCAUUGCUUGUUCACUCCCACUGGACAUGCGAUGGGGUCAAGAUGUCCAAAAGCUUGCAGAAUGUGGUAGAUCCCAUGGAGUGCAUCAAACAAUACACAAGAGACGGCUUACGUUAUUUCCUUCUGCGCCAUGGAGCUCCAGAGCGGGACUGCGAUUUUACCCACCAUGCAGUGCGCACCCUGCUAAACUCAGAGCUUGCUGAUGCACUAGGAGGUCUCCUUAAUCGUUGCACUGCCCCUGCUAUUAACCCUGCUCAGCAGUGUCCACAUUUCCAACCCAGCAGUGUACCACACUCUGCCCAAGAUCAACUUCAGGUAUUGCUUUCAGAACUAUAUAAGCUACCAGCAGAAGUAGACCAUUGGAUAGGCAGUUUUCAAGUGCACAAGGCUUUGGAGGCUGUAGAUGCUGCUGUGCGUCGCUCCAAUGCUUUCUUCCAAAGUCAGACCCCAUGGAAACUACGCAGCAGUGUGGUGGAGGAAGCUGCCUGGAGGGACUCUGUUCUGUACCUAACACUGGAAGCCCUGAGACUUUAUGCCACCCUUCUGCAACCUGUAGUUCCAGGAUUGGCAAGCAAAAUUCUUGAUCGGCUUGCAGUGUCCCCUGACAGAAGGAAAAUGGUGGGGAAUAGAUUCUUGGCAGCAACUCAAGGACAGAGCUGCCAGUUUCAGGGCCAACCACUGGGGCAAGACUGUGGGCUGUUGUUCCGCCGAUUGGAGAGGGAGGAGUGAAGUAAUGGAGAAGAAACCAUGCGUAGGGUGGAAUGAGCACAUUAACAACACAGAAUUACCACCAUACAUUUUUCCUUUGUGGUCAUUCUGUUCUAGUUCAUUUUCUGCUCUGCUUAUAAUUGUAAAAAUAAAAACAUUUUAUUUUAAUACUUUGGUGGACUUCUCUACCAUACUACAAAUAAUCCAAUUACUGAGUAGUAACCCAUGAACUAUUAAAGGAUAUCUUAAUACA